AUUUGUACCCUAUCCUAUGAAUGAAUUUUUAGACCAUGGCUGACGAAGAUGCAAUUGUUCUGAAUUUUGGAGAUAGCUUGUUACGCAAAUCAGACUUUGAUUUAUUAACAGAACCGAAUUGGAUUAAUGACAAGAUAAUUGCAUUCUGCUUUGAAUUCUUUGAAAGGGAACAGUUCAAUCAUUCUGCAGACAGGAUAGCACUAUUAAAUCCAUCUGUUGCUGAAUUGAUGAGAUUUGCAUCAGUUGAAGACUUAGCUGUACUUUUAGAGCCUUUACAUUUGCCUUCCAAACAGUAUGUCUUUGUACCCAUCAAUGAUAACCCAGACCCAGCUAAAGUUGGAGGCUCACAUUGGAGCCUAAUGGUCUAUGUUAGAAGUAAACAAGAGUUCCAGCACUAUGAUGCACUCAAAGGAAGUAAUCAAGCUGUAGCCAAAAAAUUUGUUGAUAAACUGCAGCCUUUUGUCCAAGCACCACGUGGAAAAUUGAAAUAUGUUGAAAUGGAUUGUCCUCAACAGCAAAAUAGCUAUGACUGCGGCAUCUAUGUGAUAGCUAUGACUGAGCACCUCAUCAAAGAGUUCUGUGAAUGUUUCAGUGUCCCAAUCACAGAAGUGGUUAAUCACAACAUUGUACAGCAAAAACGCAAGCAUAUUGAAUGCCUGAUACAAGAGCUGGCGGUGGCAGACCCAAACAGUGACACACACCAUCUUUUCUCUUCUUAGUGUUUGAAUCUCAGGGCACUACGAUAUUAAUCUCGUAGUUGGAAGGAACUCAACAUAAGUGUUUACAAUGUGUGUGUGUUAGUGUGACAGGAAAGUGUUGGGCUUGUUGAUCAUGGCACUGUUGCAACAAUUAAUCUUGUAUUUGUGUUGGAAAGAGAACUAAUACAUAUGAACAAGAUAUUAGACACUGUAACAAUGACCUACUGUAAGUGGUGCUGGUAGUAUAGUUAGAUGCUAAGCAUGUUCUAUGGACAUUCACACACAACUUGUUGGUUGGACACUGUACCAUUUAUUAUUGAUGUAGACUAGUUUGCUUUUACAUAACCAAUUUUUAUUUGAUAAUAAGAGAGUUAUUAACACAGACACACACACAAUGUCUUCAGAAUGUUGUGUUCAUGGAAAUGUUAGUUUGUAGUCAUAACAUUUACUUGAACUAUUUUUAUCUUUCCAUUCAAAUAAUGUUGAAUAUUUGAACCCAAGUUUCUAGAUUUUUUUGCCCCCCAUUUAAACAGAGUUUGUUUGUUUUAAGUUCAUUAUUUUAUUAAAAUGAUAAAAAAAAAACUAUGUUUAUAUUGUAUAUCAUAUUUUGUAUUAAUGUAUAAAUACUUAGCUGUAUAGAGGAAAGUGAUUUUUAUAAUUGUAUUCAUAUACAUUAUAUAAGUGAAAUACCUCAGAGAAUAGACUGUGAAUUGUAUGAAUGUGGUCUGUGUCCUGUGGAUAGAAUGUAGUGCACAUCUGAUCCAGCAGUCUAGUGGAUAGAAUGGAGUGCACAUCUGAUCCACCAGUCUAUUGGAUAGAAUGUAGUGCACAUGUGAUCCAGCAGUCUAGUAGAUUAAAUGGAGCGCACAUGUGAUCCAGCAGUCUAGUAGAUAAAAUGUGUAAUCCUGAUAUCAUUUGACAUUGUCUCUCCGGAAUCAUCAAAUUGGUCAAUUUUAUAUUCAUAUGACAAAGAAAUAUUUGAAUGAAGCCCUUGUUAUUGUUAAUUUUCAAACCAUUUUGCUUUUUUUUUUUUUCUUACGGUAACGGUACACAAAAAAAAACAAAAAAAAAACACUAAAAUGAUUGUUGUAAUUUGUACUAGGCAGAAGAUUUAAAAAGUGUGACUGCCAACCUAAAGCUGUAGGCUUCAUUUAUAUAUAUUCUCCAUUUAAUGAGACUAAGGUCAGCAGUUUGAUUUGAUCCUUUGUUGUGCACUAUGUUUUUCAAAAGUAACCUAAACAGUACAAUGCCAACUUAUUUUACAAUUGUAUUUCUAUGAUAUUGUUUAUUAGUUUACCUAAAUGCUCCUUUAUGUCAAUGCUAUCCCCUGCUUGCAUUUUGUAAUAAACUACUAAUAUCAGUCUCUCCUAUUUAGGUGAGUUGAAUGGAGGUCUGGUUGUAAUAUCCUGGUCUGUGUUAUCAGCACUCUGCCCUAUAAAAGGAAACUUAUUUAAUUCAAUGAAAAACAAGCUGUUAAUUGCAUACAUAUUUAUGUUUGUAUUGACCUAAAAUUUAUAAUCUUGACCAAGCUCUGUCUAGUCUUUUGUUUAGCUAGAUUGAUUCAACUUUUUGCCUAAUGUGUACUAGACAUGAUACAAUUAGAGAUUACUCUUUCUACAGGGCUGCUAUGGUAUAGCUGUUAUGUUAGUGUGGAGAAAUCUUGAAUGAUUUGUAUGUUUCCAUGACUAAAUGUGUAUAGCUGCUGUUUUCAAGUCAUCUAAACUAUUUAUAAAUAUCUAUAUUAGCCCAUACUUGGGGUUAUUGUUACUUUUUGGUGAACAUUUUUUAUUAGUAUUAACUUGCCAAACCUCAUUUUGUUGUGAACAUUGAAUGUACAGCUUCUUCUUCUAUAUUGUCUACAUAUUGCAUGCUCUAUCCUGACCACCCAUUGUACUUUGAGUUUUGAGCUAGAUCUUUUUCCCUUUAAGUAGUAAGAUUCAACAGACUACACUAUGCAGUUUUUAUAUCAGAUUCAAGUUUACCAAAAUUAUCCAAUGCACUUUUUAAAAAUGUGUAGUCUUGUUUUCUUUUUUUUUUUUUUUUUUUUUUUUUUUUUUUUUUUAAAUCACUAAUUUUGUUCAUUUAACAUUUGCUUUUUAUUGUCAUGUACAAAUCAACAUAUCCUCUUUUUUUUUUUUACUGGACCUCAAGGAAAAUAAGUGGUCAGAUUUUUCUUAAGCCUAAGGUGUGUUUAUUUUGGCCUUUUUUUUCUUUAUUCUAUUUAUCAGUUAUUUGCUCAGCCCAGUCUGGCAGCUAAAUGUGUACAGAUAGCUAUGUUGUUUUUAUUUUGCUUUUCUUAGUUAACAAUUUAUUGAACUAUAACCCAGUGGUAGAAAUCUGGUGGUGGGUAGAAAAUAUCUAGUGUACUGUAUUAGUGCAUUGCUCAUAUGCCAUUGUUGUUUUGUUGUGUUUUAUGUUAAUGAUACAAACUUUUAGUUUUUGUGAUUAGAAUUAUUUUUUUUUUAAAUAGCUGACCUAACCACAUUGAUGGUAGGACUAGCAGGUAUGCAUCAGUAUUUAUAUUGAUUAAUAAUAAACUUGUAAUUGUGUUGUAAAACAAUAGUAUUACUUUAUAAAUGCUUCAGGUUUGAUGAUGGUACUAGGAAGUUGAUAGAUGGGGUGGGGUAGAUUGUGUGGUGAUUGUUGGGAAGAAAUGAACAGCAAUUGUCUUUUAUUUAUCUUGUAGAUUUAUUUAGUUUCUUUAUGUCAGCUUCUAUUGUUCUUUCUGAAUAUUAUAAAUAUAAAGGCUGAUUCUUGUGUGCUCCUUGUUAUCUGUUCAUUUGUAUAUGUUGUUCAAAUGUCUAGUGCUAGAAACUAUUAUUGGAUCUCGCAGUGUGCACACAUUUUUUUUGCUCCAUUAAAUACCUUUUUUAAACAUGGAUUGUUUCAUGUUUGUAUAAUGUAUUUCUGAGUGAAGGUUGUGUCUAUUUUAUGCUGUAAUAAAUGUAUUGAACCAUUUCAUGAUGCAGAGGUGUAUAUCCUAUCUCUAUGUUUUAAUGCUGUGUAUACUUAUUAAUCCUAUUACCAUUGAAGUAUGUGAAUACAAUUAACCAAGCUUUGUUAAUAUGUAAAAACCAUGUAGUUCUCUAUAUCCAUUCUGAGCAUUAUGGGGACAUUAUCACACAUUCAAUGAUUUGUAUUUCAAUAACACUAUGUGCCUUGUUUUAGAUUCUACUUCUUUGAUGAUCAGAGAAGGUGUGUGUGUGUGUGCUUACUGUUGCUGUGAGAUGUUUGUAUUGAUAGAUGUCUAGAUUAUCCACACACUAAUAAUCAGAUUGUCAUGAGUGACUGAUAGCAUGUUGUGAUAGUCACUGGGUCAACUGGAUUCUGUUUUUAGAUUUAUCUGCUCUUGUUGACUGACUACAGCAAAUAUUUUCCAUAUUAAUGCUUCAUAUAAUAAUAAAUAAAUACUUAUAUGAUGAAUUGAAA